GUUGGAAUCUGCGGUCGGACGGGCAGCGGGAAGUCUUCUCUGUCGUUGGCUUUCUUCAACAUGGUGGAUAUUUUGAAGGAAAGAUCAUCAUCGAUGGGAUCGACAUCUGCAAGCUUCCUCUGCAGACGCUCCGGUCCAGACUCUCCAUCAUCCUCCAGGAUCCCGUGUUAUUUAGUGGAUCUAUCAGGUUCAAUCUGGAUCCAGAGAGGACGUGCACCGACGAUCGACUCUGGGAGGCGCUAGAGAUCGCUCAGUUGAAGAACAUGGUGAAAGCUCUGCCUGGAGGACUCGACGCGGUGGUGACAGAAGGAGGAGAAAACUUCAGCGUGGGUCAGAGGCAGCUCUUCUGUCUGGCUCGAGCCUUUGUCAGAAAAAGCAGCGUCC